GCUAUUAAACUAUAAAGUAACAGUUACAGGCCACCAUUUCUAGAGUUUGAGUGAGAAACGGUGCAUUUUGAUUGUGUGACGAUGAGAGGCGUUAACGGAGUUGCCACCUUGAGCCGGGCCAUCGCAGGCGGUGCCGUCGCCGGGAGGCAACAGAGGCUCGUGCAAGCGGCGCUGUUGAGCAGCAGUUCAGCUCAGAAUUCUCCUGGAUUCUCGCGUAUACUUGCCGAUCACUUGGGGUUAUCAAGUCCCUCUGUCGCUCGCGGUGUUACCGGCACCAUGUUCUUCUCUGCUGCGGCGGCUACGUCUCUGGCUCACGAGGCGCAUGCGAAGGAGUCACCACGUGCCGAGAUCAAGUCUCUACCUAAGGACGUGGUUCUCUACCAGUACGAAGCUUGCCCCUUCUGCAACAAAGUAAAAGCAUUCUUGGAUUACCAUAAUGUUCCAUACAAGGUCGUUGAAGUCAACCCCAUCACCAAGAAAGAGAUCAAGUGGUCAGAUUACAAGAAGGUGCCUAUUUUGACUGUUGAUGGUGAACACAUGACCAACUCAUCAGAUAUAAUUGAUAAGCUGUUCCAAAGGAUUCAUCCUAGCAGCUCUAUACCAGAUAGUGAUGAAGAUAGGAAGUGGCGCAGGUGGGUGGAUGACAACUUGGUGCACGUUUUAUCACCAAACAUAUAUCGAACUACAUCUGAGGCUCUUGAGUCAUUCAACUACAUUACCACUCACGGAAAUUUCAGUUUCACUGAGAGGUUGGUAGCAAAGUAUGCUGGAGCCAUGGCCAUGUAUUUUGUGUCAAAGAAACUGAAGAAGAGACACAACAUCACUGAUGAGCGUGAAGCCUUGUAUGAAGCAGUAGAGACAUGGAUUGAUGCUCUUGAGGGCCGUGAAUUUCUUGGUGGCUCGAGACCUAGUUUGGCUGAUCUUGCUGUUUUUGGCGUUCUGAGGCCCAUACGACACCUUCAGUCUGGUAAAGACAUGGUGGAGAACACAGAAAUUGGUGAAUGGUUCUCUAGAAUGGAAAAGGCUGUGGGUGAACCUUCUAGGAUCAAGGAAUAAAUUUGAUGGAUUGGAUUUAUAUUCUCGUUGGUCGAUUAAGAAUCAUAAACUCUUUGCUGUUAGGAGAAGCUUAUGAAAUAAAAAGCCGAGUGAAGGUCAGUUUUUUGUACUCUUCAAUAUGAGAAAUUCUGGUACAGUUGAGGAAGAAAUACAUGUUCUGUAUCUUGCUUAUGUACUGAUUUAUAUGGUUCCUGACUUCUUGUUAAUCCUUGUUUCCUUUUAUGUGGUAUGGUUUGAAAACUUCGAUAUUCUCCAUUCA